AUGAAUGAUCCUCAAGUAUUGGAUCAUCCACUUUUCGUUACUCUUCGCGAUACUCUCGUCUCACUUUUACACAACUAUCUCAAUAAUCAAACAAUUUAUCAAUUGGGCAAAGACAUUUCAAGCCUGAUCAGUCUGGUGCAACACGAUCAAAUUAAAGAUGAAAUUGUUAAACAACAAGGAUUACCCCUUUUAAUACGAUGUGCUACCGAACCAGAACUUAUAAAACAAGGUGAGGGUAAUAAAUGGUCGCUUGAGAUUUUACUGGCUCUUACGUUCAACAAGGAAGCAUUUAACAAUAUCAAGAAUAACAUUGGAUUCAUCGAACAUCUCAGAACGUUGCUUCACUCUACAGAUGACGAUGUGAAACGAUUUGUAGAAGGUAUUUUGUGGAAACUUGAACAAGAUAAAAAAGGCAUCGAAUCGACAACUGUUCCAUCUAAUGAUCAAUAUGACAUAAUGCUUAGCUAUUCACAUCGUAAUAAAGAUCUUUGUUAUGCUAUUUAUGAUCGUCUUAUUAAAGAUGGUUUUCGAGUGUGGAUUGAUCGAGAAAAUAUGCAUGGAUCUCCUAUGGAUGCCAUGGCUCAUGCUAUUGAAAGUUGUCAAUAUGUUCUUGUGUGUAUGUCUGAGGAAUACAAACAAAGUCCCUGUUGUCAAUUAGAAGCUCAGUAUGCAUUUCAGAAACGACGCCCACUCAUUCCAUUGAUCAUGACUUCAAGAUAUAAGCCAGAUGGAUGGUUGGGCAUCAUAGUCAGUGGAAAAAUCUAUAUCGAUAUUCCUAAACUGACAAUUGAUUCCGCUUAUAUUGUCCUAAAAAAGGAAAUCGACGCAUAUCGUAAAGAGAGAAAUUCACUGGACGAAGCAUCAUCUCGAAAACCACCAUUGGUUCACGAUUCUGUUUCACAAAUCCCUGCACCGUCAAAAAUUCUUCCAACCACUGCAAUGACAUCUAAUGCACAACGAUCGAUCAUGUAA